UGCAAGCUCCUUAUCUAUGGAGUUGGAAGAAGAAAGCCAAAGGAAGGAAACUGAAAAGAGAGCCAAAGGAAGAGAUAGAGAGAUGCUGAUGCUCCGUCAAUUUCAGAUCUCUACGUUUGAGCUCUUCCAAUCUCCGAAACAACCAGGGUGUUCUAGUUCAAGGAGUGUCCCUCUACCCAGAACUCGAUUUUACAGGAGCUCUGAUUUCAGAGCUAUGGCUGAUACGAGUGGCAAUGGUGGAACGAACGUAGGAAAACUUUAUCUGGGUAUGGAUUUUGGUACUUCUGGAGCUCGUUUUACAGUUAUUGAUGAACAAGGAGAAAUUAGAGCACAAGGGAAAAGAGAAUAUCCUCGUUUCAUGAGGGAAGAAAGCAUGGAUUGGGCAAGCUCAUGGAAAGCAACUCUUUUUUCGUUGCUAGAGGACAUUCCCAUUACUGUUCGCUCCCUCGUCUCUUCCAUUUCGCUUGAUGGAACUUCUGCAACAACUCUCAUCUUAAACAGUGAGAGUGGAGAAGUUCUGUGUCAGCCAUUUCUCUACAACCAGAGCUGUCCUGAUGCUUUGCCAGAGGUUAAGUCUAUAGCGCCAGCAAACCACACGGUCUGCUCUGGUUCCUCUACCCUCUGCAAACUCGUCUCAUGGUGGAACCUUAAGCUUCCGAAGAGAGAAUCAGCCGUGUUGCUGCAUCAGGCAGAUUGGUUGUUGUGGUUACUUCAUGGCAGACUCGGAGUGUCAGAUUACAAUAAUGCCCUGAAGGUAGGCUAUGAUCCUGAAAGUGAAUCAUAUCCGUCUUGGUUGCUAAGUCAACCUUAUUCUCACUUAUUACCUAUGGUGCAAGCUCCUGGAACGUCAAUAGGCAAUCUGAAAGAAAUCAUUAGAAGGCAAUUUGGAUUCCCAGAUGAUUGCAUUGUUUGCACCGGUACUACUGAUAGCAUAGCUGCAUUUCUUGCAGCACGUGCCACUGAACCUGGGAAAGCAGUAACUUCAUUGGGUUCGACCUUAGCCAUCAAACUUCUGAGCACCAAAAGGGUCGAUGAUGCGAGGUAUGGAGUCUACAGCCACCGUCUGGAUGACAAAUGGCUGGUCGGAGGAGCUUCCAACACUGGUGGAGCCAUUCUCAGACAGCUCUUUAGUGAUGAGCAGUUAGAGAGACUGAGCCGAGAAAUCGAUCCUACGGUCGCAUCUUCACUGGAUUACUAUCCUCUCCAGAGCAGCGGUGAAAGAUUUCCCGUGGCUGAUCCUAACUUGGCUCCCAGAUUACUUCCACGCCCAGAAAGCGAUGUUGAAUACUUACAUGGUAUCUUGGAAUCAAUCGCACGUAUUGAGGGGAAAGGCUACAAGUUGUUGAAAGAGAUGGGAGCAACGGAGGCUGAGGAAGUGUUGACAGCAGGAGGUGGUGCCAAGAACGACACGUGGAUAAAAAUUAGGGAGAGAGUGCUGGGUUUGCCUGUGAGCAAAGCCGUCCACACCGAAGCUUCCUAUGGAGCUUCUCUUCUUGCGUUGAAGGGCGCAAAACAGAACAAUGGUCUGUGAAAGACAAAAAAAACAUUUCUUAAGACCAGAGGAUGCCUGUGAAACAGAACACAUAUUUUAAGAACAGAGGAUGUUUCUGCUCUUUGUAAGGAGACAAAUGCAUGUGAAACAGAACACAUUUUCUUGCGGAAUUUUUUGCUCUUGUUAUGUAUAGUACUGUAGUAACAAAAUCACUUUUC